ACGCACCAUUGCCUGGGACCCAUAGCGCUGACGCAGCACUCCACUAUCUGCUUCGUCUUUCUCCUCUCUAAACUUGUGCAGUAUACAGCAGUAGUUAGUACUAUAAAAUAGAGAGAUGAGACGAAAAUCUCCUCUGCAUCCGGCAUCCCGAUCCUGUGUGUCUCUACUCUGCACUCCUCGAUUCGAUUCAACCGACCCAGCAGGCGGGAAAUGGCGAACGGUGGGACCGAGGCAUCGCCGCUGCGGCCCCGGCGGCGCGCCGGCUCCAGGGACCCGUUCCUCAUCGUGUGCCGCUUCUUCGGCGUCGUCACGGCCGCCGCCGCGCUGCUCUGCGUCGCCGCCAACGUCCUCUCCGCGGUCUACUCCUUCCGCGGCGGCGCUGACAUCAUCGGCGGCGUGUUCCGGUGCUACGCGGUGGUGUUCUCCGUCUUCGUCGCCGUUCUCGAGACCGAGUGGGCACCCGUCAUCAGGCUCUGGAAGAUAUUUGAGUACUUGCCGGCAAGGGGAAUGCUGCAGAUCUUUGUUGCUAUCAUGACCAAGGCGUACCCAAAUGUUGAGAGGAGCGAGCUGAUUUUGAUCCAGGAGAUCGCUACUUACAUGCUUCUUGUGUGUGGAGCUGUCUACAUAAUCGCAGAGCUAGAGAAGAGGAGAGAGGAGCUUGAGUCUCUGUUAACUGCCGAGCGGUCAGAGAUGGCCUGAUGUCGACCUACCAUCUCUCUUCUGGUGUAAAUAAGUGUUUUUUUUUUUAUUCUCUGUUGAAUGUUGGUAGCAUGCAUACUGCUUUGCCGUGACCAUCGGUUUCAUCGCCUUCUCUAGCUAGUUUGGAGCAUGUUGUUUCAGCUGGGUUCUAGACAUUCGUGUAAUGCACUGUUUACUUAUAUGAUGAUCUCCUGUUGUAGAUAUAUGUUGCAGAAAUUUACGAAUCUAAGCAAAGAAUCUGGGAUGAUUGAGGAA